AGUCGACUUCUAAUCAUAAAUAGAUGCGUGAAGUUCCACGUUGGACCGUCUCUCUGCUUCAAUUUAUUCGACAGUGAUUCGAGAUUCCUACGAAGCUAUUGGGGCUUCAACUCCCGACCGAGGAGGCGGAGUCUGAACUUGUUAAAAGGAACUUGCGGAGGCUCGGACGGCCGCAAAUAUGAUGAUGAUGUCUCUGAACAGCAAGCAGCCGUUCGCGAUGGCCCACGCCAGCUUGCCCGAGCCCAAGUACUCGCUGCACUCGUCCUCUUCGUCGACGCUGACUUCCAACGCGCCGUCGUCGUGCUCGUCCUCCCGCCACAGCAGCACCAUCAUCAGCAGCAGCGGCGGCGGCGGCAGCUCGGAGGCGAUGCGCCGCGCCUGUCUCCCUACCCCACCGAGCAAUAUAUUCGGAGGCUUGGAUGAGAGUUUGUUGGCCCGGGCUGAAGCUCUCGCGGCGGUGGAUAUCGUCUCCCAGACUAAGAGCCACCACCACCCUCCACAUCACAGCCCCUUCAAGCCGGACGCCACCUACCACACCAUGAACACGCUGCCCUGCACCUCGUCUUCUUCCUCCUCCUCCUCGGUGCCUAUUUCUCAUCCCUCCGCUCUGGCCGGCCACCACCACCACCAUCACCACCACCACCACCACCAGCCUCACCAGGCUCUGGAGGGGGAUCUGCUGGACCACAUCACUCCUGGACUGGCGCUAGGAGCCAUGGCAGGGCCGGACGGCUCGGUGGUUUCCACCCCGGCGCACCCGGCGCACAUGGCAGGCAUGAACCACAUGCACCAGGCGGCCAUCAACAUGGCCCACGCGCACGGGCUGCCGCCGCACAUGGGCAUGAACGACGUGGACGCCGAUCCUAGGGACUUGGAAGCAUUCGCGGAGAGGUUUAAACAGAGGCGGAUCAAACUCGGGGUUACCCAGGCGGAUGUAGGCUCGGCUUUAGCCAGCCUGAAGAUUCCUGGGGUGGGCUCCCUCAGCCAGAGCACCAUCUGCAGGUUCGAGUCCCUCACGCUGUCUCACAACAACAUGAUCGCUUUGAAGCCCAUCCUGCAAGCGUGGCUGGAAGAAGCCGAGAAGUCUCACAGGGAGAAACUAAACAAACCCGAGCUGUUCAACGGCGCGGAGAAAAAGCGGAAGCGCACGUCGAUAGCGGCGCCGGAGAAGAGAUCGCUGGAGGCCUAUUUUGCCAUUCAGCCGCGACCCUCGUCGGAGAAAAUCGCAGCGAUCGCGGAAAAGCUGGACCUGAAAAAGAACGUGGUGCGGGUCUGGUUUUGCAACCAGCGACAGAAACAGAAACGAAUGAAAUACUCUGCAUGCGUGUAAAAGACUUGGAACUGACCAGAGACGAUUUGUAUCAUAUUUCCUCUCUCUCUCUCUCUCUCUCUCUCUCUCUCUCUCUCUCUCUCUCUCUCUCUCUCUCUCUCUCUCUCUCUCUCAGAC